GUAAACUGAUACUAGGUACUUUAUACUGAAAAAUGGCAUUCUCCCUGAAUGUGGAACAGUUUGAGUUUUGCACUGUCAUAGUGUUACCAAUCUUAACCUGGCAGUCCUUUCAUACUGAAGUUGUUAGCAAACACAAUUGUGCUUAUGCAGUAUGCUUGCAAAAGUACUCUCAAUACUCUUAUGGCAAUUGCAGCAUUGGCUUCUUGUGGUGCUAUCUUUUCACUAAUUCCUUCAAGAAAGCAGCAUCAUCAUCUGGAUCAAUUCAGGCAGGCUAUUGUACAGCCGUGUUUCUUAGUAGGUCUCCAAGAACGUAUCCUAAAGAGAAGUUGUGGAAUAGUCCAAUGAGUCCACCGCCAUGGUCAAACUCUCCUGUUGAAGGUGUACUUUCAGUCUUUACCAGUUCAGGGACAAGAAACCUGGUGUACUACUCAACUUUCCACCAGACACGGUAAUCGGAAGAAGUUCACAAAGCAAGAAUGGGAAGAUUUCACUCGAAGAAUCAACCCAAAAACCUAUGGCAGAACUGGCAGCAACUCCAGGAUUCACUGACCGGGUCAUUGAGCGUGCAGACCGUAUAAAAGCUCGUUUCGAAUGACAGUUCAGAUGAACCAAUUGGGAGCAAAUCGAGUUCUAUAGACGAAAGAAACUGAAGAUAGCAGCAGUCAGUUUAGGUUCUUUAAUUGGAACCGAUGAAGUUGAAGAUAACAUUAACCCAGGAAUUACACAAGUAUAUGUUAAUUUAGCAGCCAUUUGAUAUUUUCCAGAAAAUUAACUAAACAUGUGAUGGAUACGGGGAGACCGUUUACAAUUUGAUGUAACUUGAGUGAUGUACAGACGAAGCUAGGAGAACUGCAACCAUGUAAUUGUCAAUUUU